AUGGGAAUCAGAAAUCAAACCACUACCUCUGACUUCUUGCUUCUGGGCUUCUCUCCACACCCAGACCAGCAGGCUCUCCUGUUUGGGCUCUUCAUGGCCAUGUACCUGAUCACCAUGCUGGGGAAUGUGCUCGUCAUUCUGGGAAUAGGUUCUGACCAGCAUCUCCACUCCCCUAUGUAUUUCUUCUUGGCCAACCUGUCCUUCAUAGACACCUGCUCCUGCUGCACCAUUGUCCCCAAGGUUCUGGUCAACAUCCAGACACAGCAUCAUACUAUCUCCUACACUGGGUGCCUCGUGCAGAUGUACUUCUUCAUGGCAUUAACCCUGCUGGAUGACUUCCUGCUGGCUGUGAUGGCAUAUGACCGCUACGUGGCAAUCUGCCUCCCUCUCCACUACACCAUGAUCAUGUGUCCCCAGCGCUGCCUGCUGCUGGUCACCACAUCCUGGCUCUGUGCCCACCUCCUGGCCUUCUCACCCACUCUCCUCAUGUCUCAGUUCUCCUUCUGUGACUCUCAUUCCAUCCCACACUUCUUCUGUGAUCUUCUCCCACUCCUCAAUCUUGCCUGCUCAGACAAACACAUCUUUCAGGUCACCAUGUUAACUGAAGCCAUACUCUCAGGCGCGAUCCCUCUUACCUGUGUCCUGAUCUCUUAUGCCCACAUCAUCCACACCAUCCUCAGGGUCCCCUCUCCUGGAGGAAAGCACAAAGUCUUCUCUACCUGUGGUGCUCACCUGACAGUUGUCACUCUCUUCUACGGGACCCUCUUUCUGGUGUACUUCCAGCCCUCCUCCUCCUACUCUGCAGACACUGGAAUGGUGUCCUCUGUGAUAUAUACAGUGGUCACCCCCAUGCUGAACCCCUUUAUCUACAGCCUGAGGAACAGGGACAUGAUGGAGGCUUUGUGCAGAUUCUUCAACUGUGGAAAAGUUCUACUCAGUAAAAGGGCUUUUCCCAGAUUAGAAGCUCAGUCUCUGUGA